AUGAAUCGAUCAGACUCAGGCGUGGAGACGGGACGCGAACUGGAUACAUUGUCCGGGUUAUGUCCUAGCUCAGAUAUCAUCUGGGCGACGGUUGGAAGCAUGUUGGCUGAUUUCUUGAUGCGUCACGUAGAGUAUGUGGCAGAGAGCGGUGGGAAAGAAUGGAUUCUUUAA